AUGGCCUCCGUCUCUGAGCUCACCUGCAUCUACUCGGCCCUCAUCCUGCACGAUGAUGAGGUGACAGUCACGGCCCUGGCAAAUGUCAACAUUGGGAGCCUCCUCUGCAGUGUGGGCGCUGGUGGACCUGCCCCAGCAGCUGGGGCCUCACCGGCUGGAGGACCUGCGCCGCUCCUGCCCACUGCUGCUGCUCCAGCUGAGAAGAAAGUGGAAGCAAAGAAAGAAGAAUCUGAAGAGUCUAAUGAUGACAUGGGAUUUGGUGUUUUUGACUAA